UGACAAAACGCAGUUCACGCUUUCUCUUCGUUGGAACUGUGUUGGAACGAUGAAACUUCAAAUCCUCCUAACCCUGUUUCUCCAAGGGGCAGUAAUUGAAUCUGUCAAAGAGAUCUCUGGGUACCUUGGGGAUACUGUCACAUUGUCCUCAGGUGCCAACCCAUCAUGGAAUCUUUCCUCAAUAGAUUGGUCAGUAUUCUCAAACAACACCUGGAUUGCUACUUAUCGCAAUGGGAAGAAAAACGUUAACAGGGUUGAUCGGUAUAAAGGGAGACUCAGACUCAACACCUCUUCAGGUGACUUGAUGAUCCAUAAUUUGAACAAAGGGGAUGCCAUGGAAUACACUGUAGACCUCAUCAAUACUCAGAGACAGAACAACGGAACCAAAACUAAGCUCAUAGUGAUAGAACGCCUGACGCAACCGAUCAUACAGACUGUCACCUGUACAUCUGCAGAAGGAGGUUCUUGGUUGUGGCUGCGUUGCUCCUCAAAGGACACAGGUGUUAACUUGGCCUGGCAGCAUUCAUUUCCCAGUGUUACGCUCUUCAACAUGACAAGUCCUGAUGGCAACGCUGCAGAUCUUUUAGGAUUUCUGAACACCACUCAGAACCUUGUAGAAUUCACCUGCAUCUCCAGCAGGAAUAUAGAGAAGAAUUCAAGUGCUGUCACUCCAAAUUGUGGUGAUGCCAAGCCUCCGUCUCCGCCUCCUCACAGAGAAAGAAAUGUUAUUGUUUUUUUUGUGGGAUUCUUCGUGGGAGUUUUACUUGUAGUAAUUAUAUUCAUUUUCAAAGAAAAAAUCAAAGCUGCAUGGGGACACCUUUUAGGAAAACUGUUUCCGUCAAAAUAAUAUAAUAAACUGGCCCAUGUUUUGUAGCAGGAAUGCCUCUUUUCUACAAAGCCAGAAUGAUUUCACCACAAAAACAUGAACAAUGCCUGAUGCCAGGUGUUAAUGUCAAUGGAAUAGACAGUAUUUUUCAGAGUACACAGAUUAUGUCUGUGUUGCAAAAUCCUCACAUCUUGUUGUUCUCAUCUUAUUCACUUACUUAUACACUGCUGCGUAUGAGUCCUAAAUGCUUAUUUAUCCUUGAUGU